AUGCUCACGCUCAUCGAUGCCGAUGUCUCUGUCGACGCGUUCCUAGCAAUUCCGGCGCGACCCGGGUUGCGAGUACAUAAAGGACAUACGCCAGAGCUGUUCCCCAUGCCGGUCUCCUGGAACCCACAACAGAAGCACGCCAUGUAUAGCCCGUGGAAAAGUCGGCUUAGAAGCGUUCGCAUUGUACAGUACGCAGAUCUUUCAGACAGCGACAGCCGAUUCGCUUCGUCGGAAUCCGCCUUACUUCAUAACGAUACAGAGGCACAUUACGGCGCAAAUGCAGGCCGUGUAUGCCUCGACUCGCCAUUGAGAUCAUCAUCCGCCGGCAGACAGGUUCAUUCUCGAACGUCUUCCGAAGACGUGCAGAGUCUGUUCCGAGCAUCUGAAGCCCUUCCUAUUAGCGUGGGGUCUGACGUCAGUGUGGAAGCUUUCGACUUGGACAUUGAUGAAAGUCUUGGCACCGACUUACCGACCACUUCCAUCCUCUGUAUAAAUCCUGAAUCUGAUACUGGGAAAGACCCGUCGACCGCCGCAAUCGUCGACAGAUCGCGUUGUUCUACUAAUGAACACGCGUCUAGUCCCUUGCUUUUCCCGCAAAGUUCGCCUUGUUCCUCUGCGGCAACAUCAAGGCGUCAUGGAAACCACCUCGAUCCCGCAUUUUGCCUCAACGCCGUCCGUGUACAGCGACUACCUUCGACAGUCGGUCUUACGAUGGAGGAAGUGUACGGCAUUCCCGCAUCUGCUACGAGUGUGGAGGCUCCACUAAAUCACCUGCCGUCAUCUCUUGGACCGCCCGUACUCGCUCGAGACGCCAGCCGUCCUGGCCAGCGUCAAUUUAAUACCAUGACUCUAUCUGUAUCAGCACCUACUGGCCAAAACCCACGGGAAGUGACGAUAAGCCAGCAGCCGGCUCAAUAUGCAAGUGUGGUCGACCGCUCUAAUGAAAAGGGCAUCAAACGUCGGAGGGAAACGCGAAUGGCAGCCGCUCGCGCACCUACUUCCAGAUCGGGUUUGUUUCUCGACCCUAUAGGCCCGUCGCAGGGCUUCGACCUAUUUCUAGAUAUGCAGCGGAUGCUUUCCAGUAGGCCUACCGGACGAUUACAAAUUCUCGACCCUCACCAUUCUAUCCAGGGUCUUGAUGUUGACCCCAAUUCUUCUGACUUCUUCAAGACACGCGGUGGCGCUAGUUCUACUAGUUCUUCGCUCCCAAACUCUCGUAGCUCGGACGUUUUACAGGAUAUUCUCAAUGUCUUGCAACGGGAAUCGUUGUUUCCGUUUCCUUAG